CCAAACCGACAAACCGAACCGAACCAGAUUGAAAUUCUUACUUUGGCUCGGUUCUUCGGUCAAAUCGGCGUGGUUCGGUGUAAAAUGUAGAGAAGUUUGGAGUUUGGUGAACAAUUUGGUUUAGGCAAUUGGAAAACCGAAAAAACCGAAAAACCGAACCAACCGAAUAUCCAAAACUACGUCGUUUUAAGUAGGGUUAAUACACUCCUUAAAAAUAUGAAACCGGCGUCGUUCUGCUCCCCUAUAUAUACACUCUUUAAAGAAAAAAAACCCUAACACUCUCAUUUUAACACAGCCUCUCACUCUCUCAGCCUCCAUCGUUUCCAUUCUCUCUAAGACUCUAACUCUCCCCUUUCCCUCGCUUACAAAAUUGAAACCCUAGAUGAUAAAAUCUCUCUGAUUCUUCAAUUUCUCUCUGAUUUCUUCAAUCUCUCUGUGAUUGUUCAAUCUCUCUCUGAUUCUUCAAUCUCUCUCUCUCUGAUUCUUCAAUCUCUCGUUGAUAUUAUCUUCAAAUCCUACACUAUUUACUAUUUAGGCAUAGCAAUUUCCCAUGGCAAUCUCGCGCUGACCCAGUGAAUAUUUGGUGGAAGCCCUCUUUGGACAAGAUGAUCUUUUAACCGGCUGAAUGUUGAGUGAAUCAUUGGUGGAAGCCCUUCGUUUGACGUAUGAUCUGUUGAUCUGCUGAAUCUUUUCUGAUCAGUUGCAUCCUCUUGUUUAAAUGGGUGAUCAUGAACAACAAGCUACUGGUGUUGGUGGUUGUGAUGGGCUUGAUGACUCUAGUCCUGACUUUGAGUUAUCCCUGUCCUCCCAGCACCAGCAAGAUGUUGUUGGUGAGGAGCCUGUGGCUGUGGAUGUGGGCUCAUCUCAGCCCUCUCAACAGCAACAAGCUGAUGCAACUACUGCUGCCACUGGAGGUAAUCCAGUAGUAGUAGAAAAAAAAAGAAAGCAGAUACCGGUAAGAUCUAAGGUUUGGGACCAUUUUGAGCGCAUUGUUGAUGAAUAUGGGAAAUUGCUUAUGGCUAAAUGUAUAUAUUGUGCUAGAGUAUAUCACUCUGACACUAAAUUGAAUGGCACUUCCACACUUAGAGCACAUAAUAUGGCAUGUCUUAAAAACCCUCAUAGUAAAGACACUAGGCAAUCUCUGUUAACUUUACAACCUGCUGUGAAAUUUGAUGAAAAUGAAGGGAAGGGUCAGUUGGGAACAUGGAAGUUUUCACAGGAUGCUGUUAGGGAUGCAUUGUCUUACAUGAUUAUUGUUGAUGAACUACCUUUCAGAUUUGUUGAGGGUUUGGGUUUUAAGAAAUUCAUGCAUGCUGCUUGCCCUAGGUUUCAUAUUCCAUCUAGAUGGACUAUAAAUAGAGAUUGCUAUCAAAAGUAUCUGGAUGAGAGAUUGAAACUAAAAACUGUUUUCAAAAACCAGAGUCAAAGAGUUAGUAUAACUACUGAUACCUGGACCAGUAUUCAGAGAGUCAAUUACAUGUGUGUUACAUGUCACUGGAUUGAUAGUGAGUGGAAGCUGCAUAAAAGAAUUAUCUCUUUUGUUCCAGUUUGUGGUCAUAAGGGUGAUUAUAUUUCUAAAACUUUAGAAAAUUGUUUGCUUCAGUGGGGUUUAAAGAAUGUUUUUACUGUGACAAUGGAUAAUGCUGGCAGCAAUGGCACAGCUAUUGCUGCAUUUAAGAAAAAGAUGAUUGUUUGGGGCACUGAUGUAUCUAAAUGCCAGUAUUUGCAUAUGAGGUGCAUAGCUCAUGUGCUUAAUUUAGUUGUUUCUGAUGGUUUAAAAGAAAUGAACUUGUCAGUUAAGAAGGUUAGGGACUGCAUCAGAUACAUUAGGAACAGUCCUUCUGGGCUUAAAAGAUUUAAUGACCUUGCUGCUGAAGCUAACCUUGGUACAAAAAAGUCCCUUUGUCUUGAUGUCCCUACAAGGUGGAAUUCCACCUACUUAAUGCUUGAUACUGCUUGCUUAUUGAAGUCAGUUUUUGAUAGUUAUGAGGAAGUUGAUGAACAUUUUAGAUCUGAUAUGGCUGAAAAUAUUCCUGGUUUUCUUGAUUGGCAAAUGAUUAAGAAGUUUGCUACUUGCUUGUCAUAUUUCUAUACCACAACAUUGCGUAUUUCUGGAUCCUUAUAUGUGACAUCUAACCUGCAUUUUCUAGAAAUAUGUGAUUUAUCUGUGUUGUUGGAUGAAAUGAUUUCAAGUGAAGAUUUUGAAAUUAGCCAAAUGGGCAAGAGAAUGAGGGAAAAGUUCAACAAGUACUGGGGUGACCCUCACAAGAUAAACAAAUUGAUUUUCUUUUCACAUAUUUUUGAUCCCACUUCAAAACUGAAUGAUCUGUUGUUUUCUUUAUCCAAUUUGUUUGGUGCUGAGCAUGGUCCUCUUCUGUUUGAUACUAUAAAGUCUGAGCUAACAGUUUUAUUUGAUGAGUAUCAAACUGGCUAUGUGAAUGGGGGUGCAUCUGGAAGCUUUCAGUCUGUUGGCCUUAGUCAGCCUGGUGCUGUUGUUGAUUCUGCUCAAAUGCCAAUCCUGCCACCUCCUGCUAAAAAACAUACUUCAUUGAUGAAGGCAAAAUUCAAUGAAUUUAAUAAGGAGAAUAAUACCAUGGGCAGCAAGAAAUCUGAGUUGGAAGUCUACCUGAGUGAAGCCCCGGUUGAUAAUGAUGACGGUUUCGAUAUUUUGAAGUGGUGGAAGCUGAACUCAGGUCGUUUUCCAAUCCUUUCGAGGAUGGCUCGAGAUAUACUUGCUGUCCCUAUCUCCACUGGUGCCUCUGAAUCUGCAUUUAGCACAUCUGGCAGGGUGCUUGAUUGUUUUAGGAGUUCUUUAACUCCAAAGUUGGUGGAAGCGCUGGUGUGUACUCAGGAUUGGCUCCGGGCAGAAACAACCCCUCUAGUGAUUGAGGAAUGCCUUGAUGAGCUUGAACCAUUUGAAAAAGAUUUGCCAAACUGAUGGAGUCCUUGAAGUUGGAUUCUCAGAUUUUUGUAUUUUGUUGGUGGAUGGAAGCAAAUGAAAUGGCAUGUAAUGCCUGUUCUGCUCACCCAAAGUUGUGCCUGAAUGCCUGUUCUGUUCCUGUGUGAGACUUUGCUUAAGAAUUUGAAGCUGCAUUCUGAAAACUGAAAGGACUAAAAGGUGGAAGCAAGUAAACCUUUACUGUUUUAAAUUUCAUUUUGAAGUUUUAAAUUGCAUUUAAACACUUAUAUUUCAUUUUUAAUUUUGCCUAUUAAACU